UUCCUGUCAAACACGCUUGCGUGCCGGAGUUCGAUAUUUCGUUUGAAUUGUAAUUUUCGGCAGUAAUUUAGCGGUUUUUACUAACAGGAGUUGAAAUAAAUCAGCAUAAGGUGCGUUCCUAAAGUAUUCAAAUUAAUUUUCUGCAAUUACUUUUAAUGAAGUAACCCCUCGGAAGAAAAUGGAUCGAAAACUUUUGAUUUACGUGGAAAAUAUAUCUCCAAGUAGCAAUGAGGAGCAACUAACGGCGUACUUAGAAAAAUGGGCUCCUGUACUGCAGGUUUGCUUCCUCAAGGAAAAACAAUGCACCAAACGUUCACUGGCAGCUUUCGUGCGUGUAGGCAGCGAAGACGAUUUGGAACUUUUGCUGCAGAGAAAUCAACAAAACUAUCGAGGCAAGCGUUUGUUCAUGCUACGCGCUGAUAAACCUCAAUUUUUCCAGGCUGACGAAACGAUCAUCGUGCGAAAUAUUACAUCCAAAAUGUCCGAGGAAGUUCUGUACGAUCAUUUCGCUGAAGUUGGAAACAUUACAUUCUUGCAAGUUCGAACCGAUGACUUUGCCUACGUCCAGUUUGAGAACAAGGUCGCCGCUAAAAACGCAAUGGGCAAAAACAACAUGCCUUUGAAAAAUGUUAACCUAAAGACACAAUUACUGACGCGUAAUUUGGAAAUCAUGAUUGUAAACCUUGACACUCUGUCGAUGAAAAUGCCCCAGCUGUACCAUAAGCUGUGCAUGCCUAUCGAACCUCGUAGUGCUGGCCAAAAGGUGAGACAAUCCGAACCAGAGCCAGAUGAAGAACCACAACACCAGCAACAAAAUCAAGCACCGCAGAAGCAGCAACAACAAGAACGCCAGGCACCACAUCAACAACAACAACGUCAGCAAUCACAACAGCAACGUCAGCAACAACAACAACAGCAACGUCAGCAACAACAACAGCAGCGUCAGCAACCACAACAGCAGCGUCAGCAACCACAACAGCAGCGUCAGCAACCACAACAGCAACGUCAGCAACAACAAAAUCAGAAUGCGCAUGUUGUACAACAACGACCUCAAUUUAAACAGCAGCAACAAGUGGCUGAACAACAAGCUCAGCCCGUUCAACAAAUGCCACCAAAACCGCAAAGAGAGCCCAGACAACAAUCUCAAUCCACCGUACAAACAUUGACAGAAAAAGCCAAUUCUUCCGCUGAACAACAACAACCGGCAGCUCAAUCAGAAAAUCUCAUCAGCUAUCCAAUUUCAGCCUUCAACGGUCAAAAAGUUAUAGCCAGCGUUCCUGAUGUGAUUGUACUGGAUCCAGAAACGAGCACUCCAACAAUAGAGAUAGACGAGAAUGAUGGAGACGUGCAAAUUGUCGAGAAAUCCAUUCCUCCUAUUCCAUCAAAAUAUGUAACUGGUGCGAACGAUUUGAUUCGUCCGAUCAAAGCGUCAGACAUUGGUUUGAUUGAUGCUGAAGCGAAAGAUCCAUCCGAUCGACGAUCUGUUUGGGUGAAUAAUAUUCCACCAGAAACUACCCGAGAAGAAAUGGUGGAUUACUUGGAACAAUUCGGAAAUAUCGAAAAUGUUAAAUUAAAACCAUCUUCGUGCUGCUUCUUCACGAAAUGGGCCAAAGUUAUAUACUGCAAUGUCGAGAGCGCUGUAAAGGCAUCCGAGUAUUUCCUGCACCCAUUCAACGGUCAUUAUCUAUUUGUACUUUCCUGUACGCGUUGCGUCGACGAAACCCCCGAACGGUGCUUCGUAAUCGACUAUCUCUCAAGAUACAUAACUUACGAGGAAGUCUUCACGGCGUUCAAACACGUCGGGGAAGUGUUUUAUCUGGUGCGACUUUUUAAGAAUACCUUUAAAACCCGUAUCUUCUUUUUGGGCAACGUAAGUGCGGAAGCCGUGCUAGCCGUAAAAUCGAUCAAUGGAAUCCCCAUCAAUAUGGAACCUUUCUCCAAGGGUAUGAUGCUGAAGAAUGCAAAGAGUAAAAUUAAAGAAUUUCGGUUAGCCAGAGACAGCAUUGAUGAAGAAAAGGCACUUCGUCUGGAGAAGAUAAACGUGCUGAAUCAGAAAGAGUUCAUUAAUCGUGUUGUUCCGAUAGAGUAUAACAAUCCGGACAGCAAGAAGAGUCCGGUUGAAGUUGUUCUUCAUAAUGUACCGAAACUCGCCAGCGAUGAGCAAAUUACUAAAUUCUUGAAAGGAGUUGGUCAGCCGACUUCGAUUCGUCGCUUUCCGGCACCAUAUGAAAAUGAAACAGAACAGGUUUAUGUAGGCUUCGACACAUUCUCAAAAGCCUUAUCUGCCAUUAAAAUAGCUCCGGAAAGCGUAUUGGCAGGAAACAAUCCUUUCAUUUUCCUGGCAUGGAAUACUGCUAUGUGUACAGAACAAAACACUCUGCGGAUGCUGUUCUCCGAAUUGAUUUCUAUCCAAUCUAUCUACAAAGAGGUAUCCGUUUUCGGUCGAGUUCGUUUUAUUCAGAAGGAAAACGCCAAACAAGCUUUGGUUGUGUUUUAUGAUACAGACACCGGAGCCGUUGCCAGUGCCACCAAUAAAGGUUUGAUGGGUUUGACGUCUAUCGCUGGAGUGAAAAUAAUCAAAACAGCUCACUACCUUCCGAAGACCGGUAUCUCGAAAAACGAUGGCCCUAUUGUAAUUGACGACGAGGAUGAUGACGUGGUUGUUUCGAACCAGAAUGCUCCGAACGUACACUCGCAGAAGCAUGGCCCGAAGCAGAAUCACGGCCAGAAGCAGAAUCAAGGUCCGAAGCAGAAUCAAGGUUCCAAUCAGAAUCAACGCCAACAGCAGAACCAACGUCAGCAGCAGAACCAACGUCAAGCGCAAAAUCAACAACGCCAAGGGCAGAAUCAACAACGUCAACCGCAGAACCAACGCCAACAGCAGAAUCAACGCCAGAACCAGUAUCAACGUCAACAGCCGAACCAGCGCCAGCAGCAGAAUCAACGUCAACAGUUCCAACAGCAACGAUCGGGUGGCGGCUGGCAGGGGUCACCACAACAGCGCGGACAGCCAGUUAACCCAUGGAACGACCCCAAUUUCUGCAUCGACGAUCAAGCUCCUUGGCAAAAUAACCAGUUCAAUUCGAACAAUCAGUUCGAUAUGGGCCGAAACAUGGAUCAGUUCGAUCAAAUGCAAAUGCAAAUGCAGAAUAAUCAAGGCUUUGAUCGUUAUCCAAUGGACAUGGAUGAUCCGCCAUUGGAUGGGUGGGGCCCACCGCAGCAGUUUAAUCGGAAUCGCGGAAAUGAGGGGAUUGACUGCAACCGUGAUUUUGAUAUCCCACCAAAUAUUUCUGAAGAUGACAUAGAUGAGUAUAUUAUGCGUAAACAACAGGCAAUCGAACGUCGAUUGGAACAGUUGGACAAACAAUUGAUUUCAUCGGCCGAGGGUGGUCGAGGCCGUAGACAAGACGACGGCGGAUUUAGACGACGGAAGGAUAUCGUUUUCAGUGACAAUGGCGAUGUGCAUUACGUUCCGAAUCCAGCGGCGAGAUUCCGCGGUGGGCAGGGCCGAGCUCGUAACCGCAAUGCUGGCGGAUUCAAUAGAGACAACCGUUCGAAUCGAGACAGUAGCUAUCGGCACCAUGACCCAUUCGCAGAUAUAGAAACCAUACCGGUAGUACGGAUUUCCGAAGAACGUUCACCAUCACCGAAGAGAACUCGCAAUUCCAAUGAACAGGAAGAAGACGAGUUCGACGCUGAUCGGUUCAAUGCUGCAUGGAGUUAAAUUAAAUGUUAGAGUGAAAGGUAAAUAGACUAAAAUACUCCACAUUCGAGUAUAAUUUUCCAUAUAAGGGAAUGAUCUUGAAACAACACAUUGCAGUGUAUUAAUUAUCUAAUUUAAAACAUAAUACAAAUGUUUUUCUACUAUUGAGAACUAAAUAAAAAUCUUAAAAAAUAGACAACCAAACAAAAUUGUAUUUAGUCAACUGAAGAAAUUUUCAAUUUGUUGAAUGCGCAAGGUCGUUUUCAUGUAUCGAUAGCAUAGCAUGAAACGCGAACAACGAAGUAUGAGGCAUUUCCGCUAAAUUGUUUUAA